AUGGCCAGAAGCAUGCCGAAUACCCUGGCUCCUGGACUACAGCCGGGCACUGUCUCUUCAGAUGCACCCAAACGUACGUCUGAGCACCUUGGAGAAGUGGAGAAGAGGAGACCACGACGAGGGAGGACUUGUGUGAGAUGGAUUGACUGGGAGGAGGCAAUCGGCCGCAAGUUAAUGGACGCAAGUGGUGCGCAAGAGGAGCCGGAGACUCUGGUGGAGGCUUGA